AUGGAUUAAUUAUUAUAAUUGAAAACUUGGAGAGGAAUCAAAGAAUCUUUAUACAAUAAUAAUAGGGAUAUAAAUGCAGUAUUCUUUGUUUUAUAUUCAAAUAAUUCUUGAGAAAUAGAAAUUGAUUCGAAUGAAAGAGAAAUCAGAAUUUUUAAUCUAAUUAGUAUUUUUUUUUAAAUUAAUUUAAUACUAUAAACAAAAGAAAAUUAUUUGAAUAUUUAAACCCUUCUAAGUCAGGAACCAUAGAUUUUGAUGAAUUUGCGGAUCAUCAGAUAAAAGUUGAUUAAAAUAUAAAGUAAGCAACGAAGCAGUAAAAGUUUAAAUAACAAAAUUAAUAAUUUUCUGAUCUAUUUAAAAGAUAAAUCAAUAUUUAACUGGAUUUUCAAAUUCUGGAACUCCUUCUAAUUAACAACAAUAGCGUUCUCUUAAUUUUUUAGAUAAUUUUAAGAACAAUAAAAAAAUACCACCACCAAAAUAUUCCACUUUAUAAAAAAGUAGGGUGA